UCCGACCCCCCUCCCCUCCUCUCUCAUCUUUAGCUGUACCGAGUGUUUGAUCGAUCGGAAGCGUUGAGACGAGUAACGUUUAUUCCUCGGUUUCAGGGUUUCUUGGCUGGUUUUUGACUCCCCCUCCCGUAGAGCCUGCUGUUGACCGUGAGGAAUUUGCUUCGCGUGUAAUUUCCAGGCGCCAGAUUUAUCGAGCACAAAGUUGACAGGCAAGCUAGCUAGCUAGCCACCUAGCUAACUCUUGGCUAGCUUACUCGCUAACUAGCUUGCAGUGCUGGUCGGAGGAGCCCAUUUUUUGCAGACAGUUUUGGGGGGCGUCGUUUUGUCAUUGCACUGCAACUGGUCGUGGCCAUUCCCCCUGAAAUCUGAAGACUAUUUGCGGUGAGGUUUAGAGCGGUAAGCCGGUUGCUCCUAGCUAGCGUGCUCGAUAUAGCCUGCUAGCUAAUACCCUGCGUAUUUAGCCUGGAAGCCAACUCAAGGCCUCAGUCCAGCACCACCAUCAGCUGCCACUACCACCACAGUAUUUGCAUUGCCGUGCAGUGAGAGUUGACAGCUUACUUGGUGACAGAGAGACUUCUCCCUGAGGAGCCAAGAAGCAGACGGCUCAUGACUUCUGACCAGGACACGAAAGUUGUAGCUGAACCACAGGUGCAGCAAGUACAAGAGGCAAAAGAGAACUCUCAUUUGGAAUCCGCCAAGGUUUCAGACCUCAACCCCAAUGCGAAAGCAUGGGCCAACCACAUGUUUAGCCUGGACCCCAGCGGAAGUGCUGACACCACAACUGCUGCCCUGCAGCCAUGGAAGGAAGGCUGCGAUAGUUCGGCCGACCCCGGCCCAGAAGGCUUUGAAGCCAGUGAAGACAAGGCUUUCAAGGAGCCCCUACUAACUGACCCAGAUGAGCCUCCACCGGUGCCAGCCCCCGUGGCCUCCGUCACCCUGGAGUGCUCCGAGCCAACGUACACAGAAUACCCCGAGCCUGGGCAACCAGGGCGCACAGGUAGUGAUCCCCAGCAAGAGAGUCCCCAGGAGGGUUUGAGGGAGCACCUGAAGAAGACCUUGGAGUUCUGUCUUUCCCGGGAGAAUCUGGCCAGUGACAUGUACCUCAUCUCCCAGAUGGACAGUGACCAAUAUGUGCCAAUUGUGACGGUGGCCAACCUGGACCAUGUCAAAAAGCUCAGCACUGACGUGGAGCUGAUCGUGGACAUUUUACGAUCUCUGCCAUUGGUCCAAGUGGAUGAAAAAGGGGAGAAGGUGCGACCCAAUCAGAACCGCUGCAUCGUGAUCCUCAGAGAGGUUCCUGAGAGCACGCCCAUAGAGGAGGUCGAGGCUCUUUUUAAAGGGGACAACUUACCCAAGUUCAUCAACUGUGAAUUUGCCUACAACGAUAACUGGUUCAUCACCUUUGAAUCAGAAGCAGAUGCACAGCAGGCAUAUCAGUAUCUCCGGGAGGAGGUGAAGACCUUCCAAGGGAAGCCUAUUAAGGCGAGGAUAAAGGCGAAGGCAAUUGCUAUCAACACUUUCAUGCCAAAGAACGGUUACCGGCCGGUGGAGGUGAACCCGUACGCCCAGCAGCGCUACACAUCCUACUACAUCCCACCGGUUUACAGCCCCCAGCAACAGUUCCCCUUAUACAGCCUCAUCACACCACAGGCCUGGUCGGCCACACACAGCUUCAUCGACCCCACACUGGUUGCACCAUUUCACAACAACCAGUUCAUCAAUGGAUUUACCACAUCACACAGUUUCAAACCAGCGACGUCCCCGCUCACAGUCAGACACUACUCGCCCAGGAACAGGAAUCACAGUAAACCUCACUUGAGGCCAACCAUCCCCACAGCGGACCGCAGCACGGGGCUCCUGGACAACCCGGGUCUCUUCCCCAGCUUCCCCAGCGAGAGGCUCAACGGGGUUCGCAGCAGUCCGCCAACACGACUCCCCACCAGCCAACCCAGAACCAGGUUACCCUCCACCGCAGCCUUCCCCCGCAGGGACACCGUGGGCACGGGGCGAGUGACCGAGCCCACAACCCCAGACUACUCCCUGGGUAUCGGCCGAGGAAGGAAAAAUGUUUCUACUUCUAGGAAAAAGAGGGACGAAAAGUUUACAAGAGUGACGCCACAGUCGCCACCUCCUCCUCCCAAACCUCCGUCUCCUAGCUUUGAGCUAGGUCUCUCCAGCUUCCCUCCCCUUCCCGGAGCAGCCGGUCAGCUCAAAACAGACGACGUAUUCGACAACCGGCUAGCCAGCAGUGUAGUUGUCGGAAACGCCAAGGAACGGAAUGUAAUUGCUGAUUCCAGUACUGGAGGAGUUCCCUCUCCAGCAGGCCCCAAAGAGCCUCUUCGGUCCUCCACCUCCCCAAUGCCCACAAGCUUCCAGCCCUCGCCGACUACCCCGUCCCCAGCCUCUGCCCCGAUCCUGACCCCAGCCGCCGGUCCACCACACAGUCCCGCUCCCUCCCUCCCAGCAGCGGAGGUGAAGGUGACGGAGGUGAAGCCGAAGGAGGUGCAGAUGUCUGUGGAGCGAGUUCCUGGCACUCUGUCCACUGCAAGCAAAUCAGUGCAAGUCAACGGUGCUGCCACAGAGCUGAGGAAGCCUUCCUAUGCUGAGAUCUGCCAGCGGGUGAAGGACGCCCCGACAGUACAGCAACCACCGACCCCUAAGGAAGCCAAGCCAGCCUGCGCUGCCCCCGCAGGCGAGGAGAGGAAGUGCUCCGAUGCUGCCACCCCUGCAGGGGAGGCCAAGGCCAGAGAGACAUACCCUCCCUCCUCCAAACCCGGCUCGGCUGCCGUCACCCCGGGCAGACCCCCGAGGGAGGCCCGAAGGCCGGGCGGGCGGUGGGCCUCCCCACCCCCACACCCAGGGAAAACCCCCAGCAAAGAUCCCCACCACACCCCACCAAAGUCCCCGCAGUAGGGCAACUCCCUGCCCCUCCCUGAGUCCUCCAACCCCCCAACUACGCUCCACAGAUGCGUUUAAAAAGAGGAAAUAUAAGUCAGGGCUACUCAAUACUUAUAUCCCAGAAUCACCAGUCACAACAAGAAUAGAGGACGCCUUCUUUUCUGGAUCAGGGCUUGCAGACAAAAAGCACUUUAUUGUGCAUGUAGAGCACCGUUUCAUUCUUUUUAUUCUAUUUAUUUGCCUUUUUUAUUUGUCAGUUUUAUUUCUCCUUUUCUCUUUUUGCAUUACGUAGUUGUGUCAGCCUAUAAGUCGGCACAGACAACACUGAAAUUUAUUCAUUCUGUCCAAAUGGCCUUGUGGGAUUAAAUUAGUCUUGUGUGCGAAGCAGCAGGGCAUUGUUGGAAGCCACCCCAGUGGAUGAUGGGAAAGAGUGCGUACAACAGACUCCACCUUGUUUGGCUCUCAUAGUGAGGGGUUUGUUUGCAUGUUGAGUGGCACCGUUGUGCAACUUCAUGUAGCUUAAUUAUGGGUCAUAAUUAGCAGAUGUGUUUUUCAAUACAUAUUCAUAUCCAUAUGCAAGACUUAACAUCUAAAUGUCACCACAACGAGAUUCAGAUCCUUUUUGGUGUACAUUGCCUCAAACUGAGUUUUUUUGUUUUGUUUUGUUUUUUUCUCCCCAGAUUUAUUUAUACUAGAUGACUCUUGUUUGUUGUUUUUGUUUUCUUCAGCAGCUGAGCUUUGUCUGUGAACUUUUGGUACCGUUACUCCUGGUAAUCAUCGCUGGGUGUCGCCUCAGCGAUUUCUUCCUCUGAUCAUUCUCUCUGUAAAGAAUCGCCUCCCUCUGCUGUGUUAUUGAUUUUACUGUUUGCUAACACUGCUAACUAGCUAGCUGUAUUGCUUAGCUUGUAUCUAACGGCUGUGAUGUGAUAUCAGUGCUGUUUUUAGCAUCGGACAAGAAGGGCAUGUGGAUAUCUGCAACCAAAAGACAAAUUGGGCAUUGAGGCACCUGUUGUCACCCAAGAUAUGUUUGUUGAGAAAGUCUUGAAGUGGAUUAAGGUGUGUGUUUCUACAGCUCACAGUGUGUGUAAAGACAUUUAAAGAAUCGGAGGAAGCUAAAUUUUCUCAGCAUUGCAUUUUUGGGGAAAGCAGAGCAAGCUUUCACAGCUGCAACACUCUCUUCUCAUUUCCUAAUAAAAACUGUGGAAUAAAACUUUAAUCAGGCACAUACUGUCGAAGGAAGACAUGGGGAGGAUUGUCGGCCGACAAAUUUAAAAUUCAGUUGUGACAAUAAAAUGUCCGCUUCCUGUCUGAAGCGGUUCAGUUCACUCUGGAGUUGUGAUCAGGAGGGAGGAAGUUAACACUAGCUAGCAUUCAUUUGCUCGGUCUCUGUAUCAUUGUGACAGAUGACCAGCUGUCAUAAGGAGGAAGCGUUCUUGUUCUGAACAUCUGCUGAGACAACGUGACUCUUUAGGGGACAUAAAGUGUUAGUUUCCUGCACUCAAGAGUUGAGUUUGGGUACAGAGAGGUGGCAGUGGGAUGUUUCUUGUUUUUCUCCUCUAGAAAUGGUGCUAGAUGUCGAAUCCUGGAACCUGUUACUACAGCUCAUCUGAUAUUGUAUGUAGAAAAUACUUGAUUCACGUCAACAGAACUUAAUUUGCACUGUAAGCGUUCUCUCAGACUCACAGGCAAAUGUGUAAUUUGAUUAUCAUACCUGAAGCGAAAAAGGGAAUUGAUCCUGAAGGGAGGGGGAAAAAAAAACUGCAAAUUCAGUUUUCCAGGAGCAAAUGAACCCUGCAACACCAUCCCUGUAGACACAAUCGCUGAAGCCUUUUUGUUUUUUCGUUGUCGUGCCUUGUGGAUGCCUGUUGAACACACUGGUGAAGGAUGGACGUUUGUGCAGCGUCACAUGACUUUACAGAUUUAUCUAGCUUGUUGUAUUUUUGACUGCUCGUUGCGGAUGCUAAUAUUUAUUUUUGCUGACGGACUUGGUGCUCGCACAGGUAUGCAGUGGUUUGGAUUUUGGCCUCUGGUUCUGUAUCAAUGAGGAUUUUCAUGGAGAGAGUGGUUGUAAAACUGUUGAGUUGGAAAGUGAGAUGGUUGGAUAGACCUAGAAUGUUUUAUAAAAACAAAAAGCUGAUGAAGGUAAAUGAUGAGUGGGUUUUUUGGAAUGUAGUUUGCCAUGUUGGAAUGUGAAAGGGAUUUUGUCGGGAGUCCCGUUGGGGCUCGUGUUAAACCAAACAUCCUUUAAAUAAUUAGGCGUUUAACAAACAGGCAGACAAGAGCAGUUGGGUUUACAGCAGGAACACGAUGAGGGAAAUCUGAAACAGUCGUGUAAAAUCCAUCCUCAGGAUGAAAAUGUUCAGCUUCUCCUUCUUCUUCAGCGCACAGUCUCUACCACUGGGGUUGUCUGUUGUUUGUUUUGUUUUACUGUCAGCAUCUUCCGUCGUCUGUUUCUUCUAGUUCGAGUUUUCACACUUUGAUUUAUCCUGAGUUGUUUCUUUUUUUAAAAAAAAAAAAAAAAAAAUAGAAAAGAUUGACCAAAGCACCGCAGUCCUUCUUACUACUUCACUCCUGUUUUCUGGGGAUAAAUUGCACCUGGCGAGUUAAAUUUAAAGCACAGUGUAAAGGAAACCAACCUUUUACAUCCUUUACUCACCUUGAGCCCACAGAAUGUGCUUCAGGAUGGAGAAGCUAACAGUGCAGGCUCAAUGGGACUCAAAUCGAGCGGCAUUUCGGAUGACAGCUGUUUGUUGGGGAGCUGGUGGAACAUUUCGAUUCCUCGGUCAGAGUGAAGUAGCAAGAAUUCGAAUGCAGGGAGGAAACUUGUGUUAAAUUAAAGGUUUGGUUGGGAGGUCUGUCUACUGUAGCAGCCACUCUGACAGAUAACCAACCAAGUCUUGGAUAUCUUACUGUUUUCUAAAAAUGUAAUUGGCUGGUAAAUUUGUAAAAAUGAUUGAUACAGGAGUUUUGAAAAGACUCGAAAUAACAGAUGAAUGACAAAACUGUAAGUAGGAAAUGUCAAUAGUUAGUUUUUUGGGCAGCGUAACAGAAUUGAAGUGAGUUUCCCUCCCUGAUCAUCAGUUGUGUGCUUGGGUUUAAUCUUUUAUCACCUCAGAUGCAAAAACACCCUUAUAAAAACCACUGUACUAUACACAAUAUCUGUUCUGGGGGAAACACAAACCUGCACGACAUGGGACCUCACAUGUCUCACCAAAGUCUUCCUGCAACAAGAAGCAUUCUGGAUAAUUCCACUGAGAGAAAACAGGCCAUCCGGAGAGGGGAAUGCUUCAUUAAAAAGCCUGUAAUCCCCUUUAUAGCUGCUUUUGAUUU